AUGGUGAAGGGCAAGACUUUCAGUGUCCACCCUCGGACACGACGACGUGGCAAGCAGAGUGUGGGCCACCAGGUGGCCAAGAGUGUCCAGAAAGCCAAUGCGAAGCAGUUGAAGCGACAGGCGAAGCAGGAGCAGAAGGUACAGGGUGGCUUCAGGAAAGCUAUGUCGACCUUCUACGAGCGAAACUUGGCCGAGGACAGAGAGUAUGUCUACAAAACUCUCAGCGAGCACGAGGAGUGGCUGCCGAAGCUGAGUGCGAUGUUCAAAAGUGGGGCCUUGCAGAGCAUACUCGAAGAUGAGCAGGCAGGUCCUGAGGAGGAGAUCAACCUGGAGCAGCUGGGCCGGAAGAUCAAAGGCAGAGCUUGCAAGUUGAUGAACCUCCCCAAGCAUGGAAAGCUCAUCUUGCUGCAGGAGUACACGAACUUGGAGAACAUGGACGAGGCCGACAUGGCGGACGACUGGCUGAACGAUGCCAUGACCUUUUUGUUUCACAUCAGCUCGAAGACACCCUUGCCGAAAGUGCCAAAUCCGAGAUACAGCAAGGUCCUGCAGGAGCAGGCUCGUCUUCGUGUGAAGGCUCUGCAGUUCAAGGGUGCCGAGCGAAAGCUCAACUAUGGGGAUCGCUGCGAGAUUCAGUGCUACUACACGAGAAUGCUGGAAGGUGGAGCCCAGGCCCUCCACUGUGGCUUUCUCGGAGAGAUGGCCGAGCUCCCGAAGCUACCCGACAAUGGCGUCUGGGAGGUUGACAACUCUCACAGCUUGACAGCAGUGGUGGUGAACAACCGGAACAAGUGCUUGAGCCUGAGCUGCUCAUCGUUCUUCCCGAACGUGCAGCAUCUCAAGCCGGAUGAAGCCUGGAGCUAUGAGGCUGAGGCUGAGGAGCCUGAAGCAGAUGGCACGGCACUCCUGUCCUUUGCGAAUUCCAUGCGACGAAGAGACCCGCAGCUUGGCCAGGAAAAGAAGGAGGGCUCGGGCGCUGAGGCAGCAGCAGCUCCUCUAGCCGAAGGCUGA